UAACAAACUUUUUGUUUUUAGUUUCCAAUUGAACACGAAACGUGAAAGUUUAAAAUUCGAAUACUGAACUUGACUAACUAACGGUUAAAAUAAAAAAAAUAAACCUUUUAUUAAUUAUUAAAAAUAAAAAAUUAAAAUUUAUUUAAAAAGAGCCCUAUAUUAUAAAAUAUUUUAAUAAAUUUUUAAAAUAAAUCAAAAAUUGCAAUUAGUGAAAAUGGGUUGUGCCACUACUACUGUUAAAAUUGCCUCCAUUAUUUUCAAUAUUUUAUUGGCGAUAAUUUCUAUUGCGGGCAUAAUAUUGAUCUCAUUUAAUCCAGACUAUUUUCGAGAAGAAUUAUCCAUUGGUUACUACACAACACUAUCUCUCUGUGUAAUCUUUGCAUUCCUAGGAAUAUUUGCCACAAUACGAGAAUCUGUCUGUCUAACGGCGACUUGCGCUGUGUUCCUCUUGGCAUUGACCUUGAUAAAUAUUGCAAUCGCGAUCGUUGGCAUCAACAGUGGCGAGCAUAAUGGUGUCGAGGUGGUUAAUAAGGCCUGGGAAACAAAUGCAAUGGAUGAAUUACAAAUUAAUCAUGAUUGUUGUGGCAAAACAAGUUCCAACGAUUAUGUACUCAUGAAUAAACCUAUUCCAGACAGUUGUUAUGCUGAUCAGGAUAAAUCGGACAUUCACAAUCUUUUUACCGAAGGUUGCAGUGAAAAAAUGGUGACAUACUAUGAAGAAGAAUCUUAUCGUUUUGCUAUUUUAUCAUGGAUUUGUGUAGCAUUUGAAUUUUUCGGUUUCCUGUUGGCUACAUUCUUGGUCAUCAACUUCCGCAAUACCCAAAGACGCAUGCAGUUUUAAACGUUAAACAAUUAAAACUGCAAGUAUUUAAAUAGAGCAGCAAAUUUAUAAUAAAUUUGAUAUUAAAAUUUUCGAAUCCUUUUAAAAAUAACUAUAUACAAUUGACCAACAGUAUCGAAAAAAAUACCACCUUUAAUACUAAUGAUCCUUAUGAAAAAAUAUUAAUAUUAAAUUGAAAACAAAUUAUGUAUUUUUAUUA